AUGAGAACCAGAAGGUCAAAUCGCACAAAAAAAUACACGCUCGACAAGUACGAUUUCCUCAGCUCUGGAGACGAGAGAGAACAGACUCCAAAGCGUCGCAAAACUGCAGAUGAUGACGACGUUUUUGAGGCGCCCGCGGAGGAGCGGAGCGCUGCAGAGGACGAGGACGAAGAUGAGGAUGAGGACGAAGAGGAUGUGCAGAUGAAUGAUGAUAGCGCCAGCGAAGUCAAUGCGAGAGAGAGGCCCUCUCGCCAACGCCCCAAAUCAACAAAACCCUCCAGGCCCUCGGAUCCUGGUGAAAUGGAAGUGACGGGGUACUUGGAUAUCGAGCUCAUCCCCCCAGAAGGUCAGCAUAAGGGAUAUGUUGGGCCGUACGAGAGAGGAAUGCGCGGCAAGGCUCUGGCGAGGACCCUGUAUGGGCCGCAUCCUGAGCGCAUAGAGAUGGCUCAUACGCUGUUGGACCGAUGGAGCGGAUGGACGCUGUAUCCGCCAAAGGUGCCGCAGGACGAGGAAGAACCGACAGACAAGGGGUUUUGGGUCCCUGGUGGCCUUGAGAAGGAGGCUCGUCUUGCCAAGCAAUGGUAUGAGCAAGUGAGCAAGGGCCUGUCAUCCGACGAUGUGUGGUCAGAAUUAUCUCCCGACGAAUCUGAACUGUACCGAUUUCCGCAGCUGAGCAUGCCUGUUUUGACGGGACCGCAUGAAGAGCAGCAGGAGGUGCUGAUGGAGCCAGGGGUCAGCUACCCUCUGUCGCAAAGCAAUAUACCGUUUGAUCAAGACGAGGACGAGGACAAGGUUGAGUGCGGAUGGAUGCUGGAUGUUGGCGGCCUUGUCUUGGGCAUGGACUGGGCGCCUCGACGAGACAAGAACCCGAAACAGCUGCUUGCCCUGGCCAUCAUACCCCAAUCCGACCAGGACUUUUACAAUUACGAGGAAGAAUCUGUGAAGCCUGGUUUUCAACAGCAAGGUAUUGUCCAGAUUUGGGAGUUCAAGAGCACCAAGACAGAUGAGGGAUUCACUCGCACGUCAAAAGAAGCCGCAACGCUGCGCAAGACGUUGUGCUUGGACUACGGAAGGGCUAGGAGGGUCAAAUGGAGCCCGUCGUGUAAUCACAUUGCGGUUCUCUCGAGCGACGGAAAUGUCUAUGUUGCGGAUGCUGGAGAUGUUGAUGGCGAAGAAGAGGGAGCCUACUACAAGUUACAGAAGCCGUUUGCGGUGCUCAACUUGAUUGACGAGUACAGCAUAAAGGCUACUGCAAUAGCGUGGGUCAAUUGCAAUCGAAUGGCUGUCGGCUACUCUGAUGGGUCGAUUGCUCUAUGGUCGAUAUAUCCGCAGCGUCUCCUGUCUCGACAUCCGGUCCAUCACAGCGACAUCAUCGACAUGGUGUCUGGAUACCCAACAUUACCAAGUAUUAUCGCUUCGAUUCCAGUGGGCGGCACUGCAAGAGUCAUUGAUCUCCAAGCUCCAAGCUAUGAAACUACCGAAGCACAAAGACCAUUGGUACAUACACAGCCGGGUCUCUUGGCUUACAGCGACCACCUUCUCGGUUUCUUAUCCAUAUAUCCAUCUGCUAGUGCGCUGAAUACGAUUAUCGGAUUUUUACAUCAUGCGCAUUUCCCCGUGUGCCGGAGGGUGUUCACCGGAGAUAGCUUUCUGACAUGCCUGGCUGUUGGGCGACUCCACCCGUUUCUGCUCAUCGGUGCAACAGACGGCUCUCUAUGGUGUCUCAACGCACAAACCGAGGUCUUUAGUAACCGUCACGAGUCAACAGACAAGAUACGAGUCGUUCAGCAUGAGCACCGUCCAGGACAUCUAUUCCCUCCAGACUCUCCAGUGGCAGCUCGUGGCGUCUGUCGCGUCCUGCACGGCUUUACAGUCGACAGGAAUAGAAACUCGAAACCAGAGGCCAAGCUGAGCGCCAAAAAGGGCAAGAAAUUACGGGCCAAAGAGCCUGCUGAGGUUGCGGUAGAGGAGGGAGAGGGCGAGGGCGAGGAGGACGAUGACGAAGCUGGCGACUUGACUGACCCAUUUCGCGCCACUCUGCAUGAGGCACUGACGAGAAUCACUGCCAUUGAGUGGAAUCCCAAUCUGGAUCAUGGAACUUGGGCGGCGGUGGCCAUGGGUUCGGGACUUGUACGAGUAAUUGAUUUAGGGCUGGAGAAAUACCCCGAGGCGUAA